AUGAGAAAAUCUACGAUCUCCAUUGCGGAUGGUUACAGAAAGUACGGCGCCCUUGUGGCUCUUGCUGUUCAGAACACUGUAUCAGUGGUGGUUAUGCGAUGGUCCCGCACGUCCUCCGAACAGCACGCCAUUGCCUCCACAGCAGUUCUGCUGGCAGAAAUUCUCAAGCUUUUUAUAUCGUUCACCGUGCACGUCUCUCAACAGAGAUCGCCGAGCGUCGAGAGCGUUGCCAAUGACAUAUUUGGGAAAGAUUCCCUUUGGAUCAAGAUGACAGUCCCAGCAGCACUCUAUACAUUGCAAAAUUGGCUCCAUUAUUUUGCAUUAUCAUUGAUUGAUGCAACGACCCAUCAAGUUACUAUGCAACUCCGUAUCCUUGCAACUGCUAUGUGUGCUGUCAUCAUGCUUAAUAAGAAGCUCGCAUGGGAGCAGUGGAUUGCCCUGGUGACACUUACGCUUGGAAUGGCUCUGACACAGCUGCCUAUGGGUGUGACAAGCCACAAAUAUGCCCUCGGCAGUAAAGCGUCAAUGGAUCAAUUUGUCGGCUUGAGUGCCGUCGCUCUCACCUGUCUCACGUCAGGGUUGUCAGGUGUCUAUUUGGAGAAGGUAUUGAAGCAGUCAGCGACGACCUUAUGGGUCCGAAACAUUCAGUUGGCAAUCUUCAGUUCGAUAUUUUGUGCUAUAUUUGGAGUUAUGCUACAUGAUGGUGCGGCGGUUUACGAGAGAGGCUUUUUUGCUGGUUACGGUUGGGCAACGACAUGUGCGGUUUUGCUCAAUGCAGUCGGCGGUCUGCUUGUGGCGAACGUAAUCAAGUACGCUGACAACAUUGUAAAGAACUCUGCGAUAGCAAUAUCUAUAGUUGCAAGUGGCAUGAUAUCUGCUUUCCUAGGUGACUUCACCUUUACGCCUAAUUUCUUGAUUGGCGCUGUAAUCGUCGUCAGUUCCGUCUGGGCGUACUCGCUCCACGGCGCGCCGACUCCUCUUCACAAAGGCGAUAUUGAAAAGGGGUCAAGGGAGCCAGUCAUUCUGAAAAGUAGCAAAGACUUUGCUUGAAAGGAUUUUGCCUGACAAAUCCUUGAGAAUUAUCUUGUAUAUGCUCCUCAUGCUCAGUUUCUGAUUAAUUAUGCGAAUAAGAGAGCCCAUAAAGGGAAUUUUGUGAGUGAUGAAUACAUUUGCAGUAACUAUAUGGGGGCGUGGAACGUCCUUAGUGUC